CAUUGAUUUUCUUACCAACUACUGUUUUUCAAACUUUUCUUUUUGAGUAGCAUCAAAGAUCGAAGAUCUAAGCUUUAGAAGGAAGAAAGAAAAGUUAAAAAUUAAAGGAAGAAAAUGGCUAGUUUUGCAGGAACAACACAGAAAUGCAAGGCUUGUGAGAAAACAGUGUACUUGGUGGAUGAGCUCACUGCUGACAACAAAGUGUAUCACAAGGCUUGUUUUAGAUGCCAUCAUUGCAAAGGAACUCUAAAGCUGAGUAACUACUCUUCCUAUGAAGGGGUUCUAUACUGCAAACCUCAUUUCAACCAACUGUUCAAGAUGACUGGCAGCCUUGAUAAGAGCUUCGAAGAUGCUCCGAGAACUGCUAGAGUCGACAGAUCUUCUGAACCCGGUUUUGCAAAUAGCAAAGUCUCGAGUAUGUUUGCAGGAACUCAAGAUAAAUGUGUUGCUUGCAGCAAAACAGUUUAUCCCAUUGAAAAGGUAGCAGUCGAUGGCAGCUCGUAUCACAGGGCUUGUUUCAAGUGCAGCCAUGGCGGUUGCACGAUAAGCCCCUCUAAUUAUGUGGCCCACGAGCAUCAGCUCUACUGCAGGCACCACCACACUCAGCUCUUCAAGCAGAAGGGCAACUUCAGCCAACUAGAUAAGCACGAUCAAGCAACGGUGCAGAAUGGAGAUGCAGCCUAAACUUCGAUACGUACAAGCCAUGAAAUCUAAUGGCGUUCGACGCCUUUCUAUGUAUAACGAACUUGAGAGAUGAUCAGCAUUGAGUGAGAAACUUCAGUUUUCGUGUGAUUUUGUUCAGCUUUGGUUUCUAGUUUUUGUUGUUGGUGUUAUUAUGAUUAUAUUGAGUUUGAAGCAUAAGAAAUGAGAUGUUUUGGCAUCUUAUUGCA